CAUGGCUAACCAAUCAAAUACGUUACUGUAAAAAACUUGUGACAAAUGACCGUGGAGAUCGUCAUAUACGUCCUACUUUUUAAAUUUUAUUACAAAAUUUGUAUUAAUUGAGAAGUUGUUUAGUUUCAUGAUGAAAAUAAAACAAAUGCAGUAAUAUUUGCAUGAGUGGAAACAAAAUCAGACAGGCUCAUACUCUGCAAUUGACAUGUGAGUUUCACUCAAAAUAAAGCAGCAGGAAUAAAAAAAAACAAGCUGAAUAACUUGUAUAGUUACAUUCCUAUGUCAUUGAAAAUAAGAAAACACGGAGCAAUGUACUUCAUCUGGGGUGACUGGUUUACCAACGAGGUUCGAACAUCUGAUGAUUCAGUUGUCUCGAUAGUUGUAAUGAAUGACAGUAUCACUAGAAGUAUUACUGUACCUGGAUAUGGUGUAUACCAUAGUAAUUGGUUUAAAAGUGAUGCAGACUUGAAAAAACAUUAUUGGGCAGCAUCGCUUUUGUUACCCAUUGGAUCAGUUUUCAUACUAGCAGUAGUUAUACUACUUAUGGUAUUGUUCAAAAGGUGUCCACAGAUGGUGGCCGCGAUUGUUGCCGGAGUUCUCGGUGUAAUUAUUGUCUUUAUAGUCCUUAUAACAGUUAAUCAAUCCCCUGUUUAUUGGUGACGUAAUAAGGAAUGAUAUUACUAUUUCAUUAUCAUAAUUACCAUAAGUGUUCCAAAAGGUAUGUAUAAACGCCACAUGUUUUAUCCUAUAAAUUCUUAAAUGUAACGAUAUAAAAAUUGCCGUAACUAUCUAAAAUCAGUGUACGACAUAUUUUCGUUUCAUUAGCAUUUAUACAAGUAUCACUUAAAUAUUAAACUUAGAUAUUUGCUGUUAAGACUUGUUACUGUGUAUUUUCAGUCGUAUCAUAUCAUCUGACACCCUGGCAACUACAUCGAAGUACUUAUCUAAUGUUUCCUUCAACUGCUCGUAACACUGAAACAAGAACCGGAAAGCCUUAAUUUUACAUUUCUAGAGAAGAAAACCGUCUUGAAAUCAAAUAAAAGAUGUGCCUUUAUACAUGCAAAUAAAAUCAAAGUACCUGAA